AUGUCAUCCAAGAAUGAGCCCCAGAGCCAGGUCCCGGCUUCCAGCAAGGGCUCGUGGUCGAGUUUCCUCAAGUCAAUCGCCUCCUUUAACGGAGAUUUGUCCUCCCUCACGGCGCCUCCCUUCAUUCUCUCCUCUACCUCCCUGACCGAGUACUCCGCUUACUGGGCGGAACACCCCGCUGUCUUCAUCGCUCCCGCUAAGGAAGCCGACCCCGAGAAGCGGGCUCUCCUCGUCCUCAAGUGGUUCCUCACUACUCUUCACCAGCAGUACUGCAGCCGCAGUGAGAAGCUUGGUAGCGAGAAAAAGCCUCUGAAUCCCUUCCUCGGCGAGCUCUUCAUCGGCAAGUGGAAUGGCGACGCAGACCUGGGCGAUACCCAGCUGAUCAGCGAGCAAGUGAGCCACCACCCUCCGGCUACCGCAUAUGCCAUCACGAACGAAAAGCACGGUAUCGAGCUGCAAGGAUACAAUGCUCAGAAGGCGUCCUUCUCGAGCACCAUCCAAGUCAAGCAGAUCGGACACGCGCAGUACACCCUUACCCCUCCUGGCUCCGACGAGAAGGAGAAGUACGUGAUCACGUUGCCUAACCUGCACAUUGAGUCGCUUAUCUACGGCACUCCCUUCGUCGAGCUGGAAAGGACCGCCAAGAUCAUCAGUAGCAGCGGCUAUGUCGCUAAGAUCGAUUUCUCUGGUAAGGGCUGGUUGAGCGGCAAGAAAAACACCUUCACCGCGGUUCUGUUCAAGGCCAGCGAGGGUGAGAAGAAGCCUUCCUACCUCAUUGACGGUCAGUGGUCGGACAACUUCACCAUCAAGGAUGCCCGCAAGAACGUCGUCGACAAGUGGGUCGUGAAGGACAACAAGACCACCCCACUUGACCUGGCGCCUCUGGAGGAGCAGGAUCUGUACGAGAGCCGUCGUGCUUGGAAGGAUGUCGCUGAGAACAUCCAAAAGGGCAACAUGGACGCUGUUUCCACCCACAAAUCGCAGAUCGAAAAUGCUCAGCGUGAGCUGCGUCGCGUUGAGCAGUCCGAGGGCCGGGAGUGGGAGCGCCGCUUCUUCAACCGUAUUGAGGAGAAGGAUGACGACCCGCUGUUCAAGAAUCUCGCCGCCGAGCUCGGCAUCUCCGGGAACCUGGAAGGAGAGAAAACUGGAGGUAUCUGGCGCUUCGACCCUGCCCGUGCCGCUGGUGCCAAGCCUCCUUACCACAAGAUCGGUGGCGAGGGACUUGGUAUCACUGAGUAA